AUGUCUUCGUCCGAGGCUGAAGUUGAUAUAAGUGUGGUGUCCAGUCCGGAGCCGAGUCCGUUGGGUGCCGCCGGCAUGAGCAACGGACGCGAGAGUCCCAUGGCGCACUCCGUUGAUGGAAGCUCACCACCAGCCACGCCUACGCAUCGGUCCACGCCAAAUACUGCCGCCGGCACGCCAACAUCUACAUCAGCUGUGGCCGUACCGCAUUAUCAUCAUAGCCCCAAUGGAGCUGUGCCGCCGGCGGUGUUGCAUCAUCAUCUACAGCAUCAUCUAAGCUCGCUCAGUGGCCAUCCCGUCGCCCUGCAUCACGCGCUGCACAGUUUCGGCCAUCUGCAUCCGGCCCAUGCGGCACCGCAUCCUGCUCUGUUGCAGCAAGCUGUGGCGCCGACACAUCUUGGCGACCGUUUAGGAUCGCCGCCCGCUCUGGCUGCCAUGGCGCCCAAGUCACCUGAACUGGAGCGCAAUGGCAGUGCUAGCGAAGAGCUCGGCCACAGCCUGAACAACAACAACAGCAAGACGGUGAAUCACAACAGCACAUGUGCCUCAGUGGCAGCAGCCGCGGUGGCGGCGGCAGCUUCCGUUGGGGCCAACAGCAAUGACAGCAAUGCGAGCAGCAAUGGCAACAAAGCCACUACCGGCUCCAACGGCUUCACCAGCUUCUCCAUCUCCAGCAUACUGAGUCGCAGCGAGCCGGCGAAAAAGAACGGCGCCACAACGUUGAUAACGCCCAUUCCGCAGUUGCCGCAGCACGGCGCAGGCGGACCACAGGAUGCGGCCAUGCUCUCCAGAUUGGGUUUCAUCUCGCAAUGGGGCGCUCUAGCUGGACGCUAUGCAGCUUUGUGUCCACCUGGCUGGCCCUGGGCACCACAGCGAAUGCCCUUCCAUAGUCCAACUCAUGACAGUUCCUCCACAAACACUACGGAAAAUCCACCAUCACCCACUUCCCUUAGCCCCAGCAGCGGAAACAACAACAACAAUAAUAACGACAACAACAACACUACCAACGCCAGUAGCAACAACUCGGGCAAUGGCCACGCCAACAAAUCACCACCGCCCGGUGUGGCUGGAUCGCUCCAUGGCUCACAUCACCCGCUCUAUCAGCAGCAGCAACAGCAUCCACAUGCUGCCCAGCAGCAUUUACAGCAUCCACAUCAGCCCAGCACGCCCACCAGCAGCGCCGGCGGUCUCUCGCAUCAUGGACAUCAUAUGUCGAGCUCUCAUGGGAGCGGCGGUUAUAUGCUGCCCACCAGUUCGAACGAGUCGGAUGAUGAGGGCGAAGAAAUCAUUGAGGAAGACGACGGCACCGAUGGCCCAUCUGACAGUUCCUCGCCACAUGGUGACGGCAAUAAUUCCAAGCGUAAGAAGAAGACGCGCACAGUCUUCUCGCGCGCCCAGGUGUUUCAGCUGGAGUCAACAUUCGAUCUGAAGCGGUAUCUCAGCUCGUCGGAGCGCGCCGGACUGGCUGCCUCGCUACGCCUGACCGAGACGCAGGUUAAGAUAUGGUUUCAAAAUCGUCGCAACAAAUGGAAACGCCAGCUGGCCGCUGAGCUAGAAGCCGCUAACAUGGCCAACAUGGCGCAUGCAGCACAGCGCUUGGUGCGUGUGCCUGUGCUCUACCACGAUGGAACCACAGCCGGCUUUGUGCCUCCACCGCCGCCGCAUCAUCAUCCCAUGCAGUAUUAUGCUGCGGCUGCUGCCCGCAACACCAGCCCACCACGGCCGCCGCUGUCAUCGCUGGUAUAG